UAAAUAAAUUUUGAUUUUUAUAUCUUUAAUUAUAGUACAUUAAUAGAAAUUUAAAUGGUAUGGUGUGUAGUAAACAUUGACCUCCCGGUGUCUUCAUGUUCAUCAAAAAGUGUCACUGCUUUAACCAGAAAAUUUCACUCCGAGUUGGGGGGGGACACAGCAUCGCCAAGCACCACAAUCAUGGAGUCUCAGUGGCUCCGGUCGCAAACCACUUGCUUCUGAGGUUUUUUCUUCAACCCCAAUUCCUUGAACCUUUUGGGCAACAACUGGCUGACAUUGAUGGAGUUUCGACUGGACAGUGCAGAGUACUGCCAAGCUCAGCACAAAUAAACACUUUGCUGGAGUAAAACCAAAGGGACAGUUUUACUAGUGAUAUCAGAUAAUUCGUUUCAAUCCUUGCACCGUGUUGACACCUGGUGAGACCAUCCGGAAAUUCCACCCUUCACAUCUUAGUUAAUUUGUGUAUGGGGGACGAAACGCAUGUUGGAAGUUGCGUUUAUAUUUCCGGCUCAUCAGAUGCUCUCCGGUGCUCACCAACAGUGUAAAGUGUUAAAUUUUCUAUACAACAGUGAGAUCUGUUAAACAGAUCUGAAUAGCAUUAUUUUUGUAUUAUUUGUUACACGUUUUGGGAUUAUAUUUCUAUCAUUACUUUCUUGAGUAAAAAGACCGGCAAUAGGAGUGAGUGUUUUUCUCUUUUUGUGUCCAUCGGGAAAUGAGUAUAGACACGAUGAGGCAUAAGGAUAUAAGACCCCCUCCCUGCGAGAUCCAGUACAAGAACAUGAAGUUCCUCAUCACUGACCGCCCAACAGAUCAGAACAUUCAUAACUACAUUCAAGAAUUGAAAAAACACAAAGUACGAGAAGUGGUGAGAGUAUGCGAACCAACUUAUAAAAUAGAUGAAUUGAAAUCAGAAGGAAUAUCGGUGAAAGAUUUGGUGUAUGAUGAUGGAACUUCCCCACCUUCAGAGGUUGUUGACGAAUGGUUUGAACUCCUCAAAACACGAUUUAGAGAAAGCCCUGAGUGUUGUGUGGCUGUACACUGUGUAGCAGGUUUGGGUCGAGCUCCUGUUCUUGUUGCACUUGCCCUAAUCGAACUCGGUAUGAAAUACGAAGACGCAGUUGAAUUAAUAAGACAAAAACGCAGAGGUGCUAUUAAUGCUAAGCAGCUGGCUUUCCUAGAGAAAUACAGGCCAAAAUCUAGACUGAAGAUAAAGAAUGGGCAUAAGAAUUCUUGUUGUAUCCAGUAACAAUUUUAGCCAAUCACACAACUAAGUCAUGCGUUGCAUUGAUAGACCCUAAUUGAUUAAAGUUAAUUAUCUAUAUUAUGCUCUUUAGAUGUUAUAUCAUUUUAUAUAAUUUACUUUUUUUUAUUUGUAUUUAUUUAUAAGGGAUGACAUGUAGCCUGUUAGAAUGUAAGAAGUAUGAUUAAGAUCAAAAGUCAUGCAUUGAUAAAGUAGGUUUAUGUUUGUACCAAUAGUUCUUAGUUCGUCUUAAGUUUAACAGUGUAAUAUGUAUAAAAAGAAGCGAAGGUGCUCGAACCUUCUGAGUUUUGAAUUAAUCAACAUUUUAGAUUUGUUUCUAGUAAUCUUAACAGGAGUGUGUAACUUCUAUUUGGAUAUGACAGAUUGUUUUUGAAUAGAAAACAAAUGAGAAAAGUAAAAGGAGAAAACUGGGUUUACUUUUAAACCUAAUGUUGCAGAAUUAUAAAAGCUCCUCUUCCCCCCCCAAUCAAAGAAUAACUUACAAAAUUAUAUAUUGUAUGAACCAAAAUAUUUUUGCACGAGUUGACAUGCUAAAUUCAAUGAAUAUAUUUUUAACUUAUUAAUUUUGACAAAUCUACAGACAGCCGUUAUUUGAUACUGGAAUUAGGGAUGGGGGUGAUGUUUUAACAACUGGGAAGUGAAAAAUGUGUGUAAUCUCACAAUAUAAUAAAACAUGUAAUAUAUUAAUGUACAUUUUUUAUGGUGACAUAUUUUCCAAAGAGAACCACCAUAUCUAAAAAUUGUGAAAUAAAAACACUGCCACAUCAUAAUCAGAUUAAGUUAUAACCAAUUCUUAAUGGUACUGUAAUUAUAAUAUAAUGCUGUGUAGAUGUAUUUGAAAAUAAAACAUUCACUUUUUUUUUAUUAUUCUCUUUUGCUCCUCUUAUGUAAUUGGAGAAAGUGAAUGAAAGCACAUUAUAGAGAAAUUGUCAAAAAAACAAGAAAAAAAACAAUAGUUAGCGAAACAUGAAAUUAUGUAAAUGCUUAAUUUUGACUUGAAUGUGAUGUUAAUUAUUUAGAGUUACUACAUUACAUUAUUUGCAGGGAAUAUGGUAGAGUAGUUAAGAUUUACAAAUUUUUGUUAUAUUUUGAAAUAAAACAUUUAAAAGUAUUUUGAUGUGAUAACCAAGGAAGAUUACUUAAAAACUUAAUAAUAAUAAAAAAUAAAAAAAAGUUUAAAAAAAAAUCAUCACAUUUGUAAGUAGGCUCGAUGAUUUACGUAUUAGAUUGUUAUAUGUAUAUGUGUAUUUAUGUUGUGUAUUUGGCUAUCUGGUUGUUAGAAUUAUAAGUAUGCAUGGGAGAAGGGAGAGAGUUGCUAAGUUAUUUAAAAAUUGGUUUUUCGAUUUUAAAUUUAAUGAUGUAUGUAAACUUGUCUAUUUGUCAUAUCUGAUUACCUACAUAAUGGUACAAAGGUAUUAGAUUGACUUGUGAAUUAAAUAUAAAAUAAAUAUUUACAACAAAAAAUGAAAAAGUAAAGACCUAAUAAAUAAACAUACAAAACAAAA